AUGGCGACUGAGUCGGUGUUCCCGGUGGGCAACACCCACAUCGACCUUCGAGGCGAACAUUUCCAAGCAAACAAAACCAGCUGGACACCAGUACUCCAAAGAUUCGAAGAGGCUCUCAAGCAGGUAUCUGCAGAGGGAAAUGAUGUUUCUCUACGCAGACAUCAAGGCCGCGGACAAUUGCUACCAAGGGAUCGCGUGGCACUGUUGCUAGAUCAAGAUUCACCAUUUUUGGAACUCGGAGCGUUCACUGGCUUUGGUAAUGAGAAUUCUACCCCAUGUGGUAAUUUGAUUGCAGGCAUUGGAAACGUUUGUGGACGGAUGUGUCUCCUCAUGUCGCAUAUUCCAACUCAAAGUGGAGGUGCUUGGAAUGAAAUGACAGUGCUGAAAGUAAACCGCAUGAUGGAGGUCGCCUUUGAGAAUGACCUUCCACUGAUAUCUCUGGUUCAAUCGGCUGGAGUUUUCUCCCCUCAACAAUUCCGGGUUUUUCACAAGGGAGGCCAGUUAUUCCGCGACCUUGCCCUUCGAACUCGACACGGAAAGCCUUCAUGUGCCAUUGUUUUCGGAUCGUCGACAGCUGGAGGCGCAUACCAUCCAGCGUUAUCGGACUACUCAAUCUUUGUGGAAAACCAGGCCCAGGCUUUCCUCGGGGGACCUCCGCUGGUGAAGAUGGCUACUGGCGAAGUUAUUGGCGCAGAAGAACUUGGUGGCGCCAAAGUCCACGCCAUUACAACCGGCCUGGCAGAUCAAAUUGCAUCUGAUGAGUUUGAUGCCAUUCGUAAAGCACGAGAGUGGGUGGCUUCGCUUCAAGUGCGAACUACCUCGGUACCAGGAGUGAUCGAACCUGUGGAACCAAGAUUCCCUAUCGAAGAUCUACUUUCAAUUGUGAACCCAGAUAUCCGAAAGCCAUUUGAUAUGAAUGAGGUUUUGUUGCGUAUCGUGGAUGAUUCCCGUCUUUCGGUCUUCAAGCCAAAAUACGGCCCAAAUAUCAUCACGGCUUCGGCUCAUAUAAUGGGCUUUCCGGUGGGAAUUGUUGCCAACCAGCUGUCUGUGAUCAAUCCCAACGAAGCGGCCAAGGCCACACAGUUCAUACGCAUGUGCAACCAGCAAAAUACGCCCAUCAUAUUUCUUCACAACGUCACUGGUUUCAUGGUUGGCGCUAAAGCCGAACAUGCUGGGAUCAUCAAGAUGGGUGCUCAAUUGGUCUCUGCUGUCAGUUGCUCGACUGUGCCUCACAUAUCUAUUAUCAUGGGCGCAUCCUAUGGAGCCGGUAACUACGCUAUGUGUGGCCGGGCUUACAGCCCCCGGUUUCUGUUCUCGUGGCCAACGGGCCGUUGCAGUGUGAUGGGACCGGACCAGUUAUCAGGUGUGAUGGAAAAUGUGCAAAUAGCCAGCGCCAAGUCCAAGGGCUUGACAUUAUCACCGGAAACACUCAAAAAACAGGUAAAUACCUUCCGAGACAGGGUCCAGAAGGAUGCCGAGUGUUAUUCGACUAGCGCGAUGCUGAUCGACGAUGGAAUCAUCGACCCGAGAGACACGCGCGAUGUCUUGGGCAUGUGCUUGGAGGUGGUGUCGCACCAAGGAGUCAAUGGGACACAGACACACAAUCUGCUGGCACGGAUCUGA